UAGAAUUGCAGCUUACCAAGUUCGAUAUGAGUGAGUUUGGAGCUGAAUAUUUUGAUUAUGAUGAUGAAGAAGAUCAUAGAGCAAUUCAAGAACAUAUUGCGAAAGAAAUAGAUAAAGAUAUAGGGACCUAUAAGGAUAAAGUUGUGGAAGAGGAAUCAAUAAUUAGAACCUUUAAGAAAUGGAUCAGGAAAAAUUGGGAGUUUAAAGUUGCCCUGUUUGUAAUAAUAUACUAUCUUAUUUCUCAUGUAUUACUUGAGUCGACAGAUUAUGUUUGGGAAACAGGACUUGAUAAGCAUUUAAGAGUUAUACCGAAUGAAGUUAUUCAAUAUUAUGAUGAGAAUAGACAGUUUGAUCAAAAGGACUUUAACGUAGAUAAAUUCGCUUAUGUUCAAUAUGCUACUAAUUAUGAAUAUUUAAAUCUCGCUAUUAUAAAUUUUAUUCAUUUACAAAAUUCUGGUUCAAAGAUUAAAAAUUAUGUCAUAUUGUAUGAUAAGACGAUGACAUUUCAUAAUGCCAGGAAUUGGAAUGAACUUUAUUUACUUUCCAAUAAGCAUAAUAUUGAUUUAAGACCAGUAGAUCUUCUCAAAACAAGAAAUAGUGAAUCUUCAUCUUGGUCAAGUUCAUUCACCAAGUUUCAUAUUUUCAACUUAAUUGAAUUUGAUAGAAUUGUAUAUUUUGAUGCAGAUUCAAUGUUGUUAAAUAUUCCAAAUGAAUCAAAUGAAGAAAUUGAUUUUAAUACACUUGUCAAUUCCCACGGAAAUAUAGAUGAACUAUUCAAAUUACCAAAAGAAAUAAAAUAUGCUUUACCACAAGCAUAUUGGUUAAAUGAUGUAGUAGAACAAAGAGGUAAAGUUCAUGAUUUAGCUCGAAAAUUACCUAAAAAAGUUGAAAUCCCAACCACAAGGAGAUAUCAUUUACGCAUGGGUAAAUUAGUCAAUGAUAUUUCUAAAUUACCAGCUGAUAAAAGUUCAUUUAAUCUUCUUCCAACACUUUUAUAUGAAGGUCAUAAGUAUGAUAACUUUGAUGAUUUUUUUGCCAAUCAUAUUAUGGUAAUUAAACCAUCAAGAGACAUGUUUCAUGAAUUAUUGAAAUAUACCUUUAAUCCAUGGUAUUGGUCAAUUUUUAAUAGAUCAAUGCUUAAAAGAGCUAAUGAUUAUGAUAUGGAAAUUUUAAAUAAAGUAUUCAAUGAUAAAUUUAAAGCUGGUGAAAAGAAUUUUAAGGUAGGAAUCUUACCUCAUAAAGUAUAUGGAGUUUUAACAGGAGAAUUUAGAGAAUUUUGGCAUAGACGAUUCACAGUUGAACCUCAAUAUUUACCAUUUAUAAAAAAAGAAGUCCCCGAUAAGGAAGCUGAAUGGAAACCAAUUGAAAUACUACAAGGAGCUAAAGUUGUUCAUUUUUCCGAUUCUCCAAUUCCAAAACCAUGGGAACAUCAAGAUAAUGAAGAUUACUAUAAUCUGAAUAAGAUUUAUUGCGCACAAGUUGAUGAUUGGGAAGAUUACUAUAUCACUUAUCCUGGUAGAUAUAAACCAAGAAUUACUGAAGAUUGUGCUAGUGUAGAUAUUUGGAAUUGGAUUAGACACGAUUUCUCUAAAUCCAGAUUAAGUUAUUGGGUUAUAAAGUAAAAUGUGAAGUAGUAAGAUAAAUUGUAUAGUUAGUUAGUUAGUUAGUUUUAUACACGUGAUUGGAAAUCCGGUCGAAUUGAU